AUGGCGACGAUAUUACAGUUUCUGCAACAUUUAGAGGCUAAAAUAGACUACCACUUCCUCUCACUGCAUAGAGAACUUAAUCCUGAGCAGCGCCCUAUAGAAGAGGAGUUUGGACCCAGCUUAAGGGAUUUACAGCACAUAGAUCAUAUCCCAGCCGCCUCCUCCUCAUCUCCAUUACAAAAGCCUGGAGCUAAAAGUGACUUUGACCGCUCACUAACGGUCUCUCACCAACUCACCUCAUUAGGGGACACUUCGUCUCUGCAGCACACAGCCAUGGUGGAGAGACCGGACUCCUGCUUCAGUGCUGAGAACAGUCCUGUGAAGACAGAGGGCGCGGCUGAUCUCGCAGACCAUAGCGCUCGCAGAGGGACCUUUGAUCUUUUCCCAGCUACCGGGACCAUGGCUCCAGAGACCGGACAAGCCUCACUCCCGAAUAUUGCCCCAGAGGAAGCCUCUCACCUACAGAAGGGGAGCUCUAAGAGUGGCAGAUCAUGGAGACCUAUGGAGAUACCUCUUUGCAGCGGAGUGCUGUUGGUCUGUUUUCUGUUGCAGGACACUACGGGCACAACACCUAUGAUAGGUCCCUCUCAAGUCCAGAACAUGUCACUUGUUCUCCCCUACGCUAACCUGCCCGUAAUUGGUGUUGAUCUAGUGAAGGCUACGACUGAAGAUAUGGAUAAUUGCACUGAUUUAGAUGGGUUCAUCUUUAAUGCUUUUUCGGACACUAAAAAUCUGUAUGUUUUAUUUUUUUUGCUAUUUAUGUUUCUGUUCAUUGCCACAGUAAUGGGUAACAGUCUGAUAAUCCUGCUUAGUUGGUCAGAUUCUCAGCUCAACACUCCAAUGUAUUUUCUUCUGAGCAAUCUCUCCUUUAUAGAUAUUUGUUAUUCUUCAACCACAAUCCCCCAAAUGUUGGUCAUAUUCCUAGUUGAGCAAUCUUUUAUAUCCCUCCCAGCAUGCAUUGCACAGAUGUAUUUCUUUCUUUCUUUGGCAGCUUCUGAGUCAUUCAUACUGGCUACAAUGGCUUAUGACCGUUUUGUUGCUAUUUGUAACCCAUUAAGAUAUUUUUCCAUUAUGAACAAAGACGUUUGCCUCCAAAUGGCAGGUGGGGCAUGGGUGACUGGAUUUAUUUAUGGUGGCAUUCAUACCACUAAUACCUUUAGGUUGUCUUUUAGUGGAACAAAUAUUCUUAACCACUUUUUUUGUGAUAUUCCACCCUUGCUAAAGAUAUCCUGCAUUGAUACGUACUUCAAUGAGAUGAGCAUUUAUAUUAUAGGUGGAUUUCUAAUCAUGGGAUGUUUCCUCUUAAUAACUGUAUCGUACAUUAAAAUUAUUUUCUCAGUUUUGAACACACCAAAAGGAAUUGGAAGAGGAAAAGCUUUUUCCACCUGUGUAUCCCACUUAAUUAUUGUUAUUCUUUUUUAUGGCAGUGGUAGCUUGACAUAUUUGAGACCAAAGUCUAAUUUUUUUACUGAUAAGGAGUGGCUCUUUUCCAUAUUUUAUACAUGUAUAACACCACUCUUGAAUCCCAUGAUCUACAGCUUUAGAAACAAAGAUAUCCAAAGAGCUCUGAUGAAAUUGAUCGGAUACAAGUAUUCACAGGCACAACAAGAUAAUUAA